GCUGUGUGUAACUCACAAUUAACAGAGAGCUCGUUAGUAUUUUAAAAGCUCAACCAUGCGCUCAAAUUUUAUGUGCUCAGGAGGUUGGGUUGCGUGGUGAUGCCUGCUGUAGACUGAGUGAUAGUUUUUAUAUUUCAGGCUGCAGGUCUGUGCUAGUGCAGUCUGAUGGGUGUAGCCAGUCUCUCAAUGCCUUGACUGCCAGAGCAAUGUAGCUCCAAGUUGUUUCUCUUGGGAUCUUUGUUGUGUUUACGUACUCUUGCAGGGCGGACAGGUUAGUAAAAAUGUCUGGUCAGACCCCUGCCUGUUGUUUAGUCCACCUAAAAUGUCAGGAAAGAACACAUUUCCUUUUCUGUGAUGGAGGGUAGAGUACAAAAUGUGUCCUCUGACAUCGGUCGGGAUUGUCCACCUUGCUUCAGAGCUAUCAAUGCAAAUCCCAAAUAGAGGAUAAAAACAUUCACUGAAAAACUACAGUACUUCUUCAGUGAGAUGAUAGAAGCUAGAAUUAGGUGAAAGGAAUGAAAUUUCUGAGGUGACUGUGCUGCUACAGGAGACGGAAAGGUAUGUGUUCCUCAGAUUUGUAGUGGCUUCCUGAUCUGAAUGGAGGUUUUUUCUUCUGUAGUGCUCUAACUGAUUCAACACUUACUCACCUGUGAGUCUUCAUGCUUUCUCUGGAAUUGCGUCUUGUGAAAUAUGCAGGACUUGACCCUCGUAGUUUUGCUGACACUCACUUCUUGAUUCCGUAGUCAAAGAAUGCAGAGCAGUUCUUGUGUGCGCUUGUAUCUGUCUCAUCAGUUAGGUAAGCAGCUUGUGAAGUGCCUUUCAGCAGCUGGAAUGUACACGACAGAUUUACUUGGUGUGCUGUGUCCCUGAGCAAUACCUGCUUUCUCUCAUUUUACUAGGAAUUACCACGUGGUAUCGCGUUAGCAGUUUUUGGCUUAAUUUCUGUCUACGAAAGCUGUGAGAGAUAACUAACCAAAAAAACUGUCAGGCUGUGUGUAAUCCACUAGAUGGUACCAUUGAAGUGAGUUAACUGGAAGGGUGCUUAGUCAGAAGGAGCUGUGGUUUGCAUCCUUCGCUUUGAAUCGUGCAGAAGUACCCAGAUAGCCUUGGAGAAGGCUGUGCUGUUAUCCAGGCAUAGCCCUGUUGGUGGGUUUCAGGCUUUCAGUGUGGUGUGGAAUUCAAAUACUGGUGGCAUAAGUCUAGCACCUUUUCUGUAGUGUGUUUUUGAAGCAAAAUACAAGUCUGCAAGGGAGGAUAGCUGCUGAAAUAUUUCUUGAGGGUGUAAUGGCUUUGGCCAACUCUCACCAUGAUAAUCAUUUGAAUAGGAGGACAAAACUAAACUGUAUCCAGAGAUUCCUUCCAACCUCAGCCACCUUGCAGUUCUGUUAUCAAUGAGCAUUUGUUUGAAAAUUAAUAGGGCAAGAGAGACUCCGUGGUGCACGGAAGCAGCUUGUAGCUGCGGCUUCCCAUAUCCCAACAGAAAAGGGAGGAAAAAAGGGGUACUGAGCUUGGUGGUGGGUUUCUAAGACUAAAAGAGUUCUUGCUGUGGUGGGGAUUUGUAGAUAUCCAUUUAUUCUGAGGAACAGAUAAUUGCUUUGCGUUGCCCAAACCUAUUCUAAGAGGAAUGUAGAAGAAUUCCCUUGGUGUCUGCAGAGAGCCCUACAGAACCAGGUUGCAGGACAAGACUUGUUGCGACUCCUGCUCUUUUCAAAAGGCAUACUCAUGCAGAUAUGACACCAGUCAGCAGAGAGCCAUUCGUGUAGCUGGAUCAUGGCUGCAGGAGUUGCCAGCAUAGAAGUAGAGUUUCUGUGUGCCUCUUGUUCCUGCGCCUGGGUGCACUGGCAGUUCUUCUUCCUCCUUCUCCCACCUACCCCCCUGGAUAGUGUGAUUCUCAGGCUGACAGUGGAUCCUUAUUUGAAAUAAUGAUUUGGAGCUACUGGGAUAGUUCAUCACCUACUCUGCAAAGGCACUGCGUUCCCAUGGCCAAACUCCUAGCCUGGGCAGAGGGACCUGAGUGUCGGUUACUGUGCAAAGACCCAGGAGUCUUGGAAACUGGAUGCCUUUACAGGAGAAAAGGUGAAAACCAUGCUUGGCUGGUUGAACACUCAUGAACCAACAUCACCUUUGUCUCCAAGAGUAAAAGAAAAUGACUUUUCCUGCCAUGACUUCAAAUAAUCUCUAUCAUUUUUCUCUGGUUUUGAUUGCUACUGAGUUGAUAUUCUUGUAGGAGUUUCUGCCUCCGUCUUAUUCCUGAAAAGCGUAACCAGCUCAACACCUGUCAUUUUGUAGCCUUCGUAUCCCAUGGGAGCUCAGCUUUUUUAAGAGGUGUUUGUAAGACAACGUCCUGUGUAAUUUCUGUAGGAAAUACAAGUAGACAACAUCACUCAGACUUGCCUCAUGGACCAGCUGUUGACUUGCUCAGAAAUUGAGCUAUGCAUUGCAGUAAUGCAGCUAUGUGGUCCCUGUCUUCAAAAUUGAGUGCGGCAGUAGCUGAUUUUCCAGCUUUGGUCUCCCUAGAAAUGUUGAAACAGCUGCUGAUACUGUUCAGGUGAUAAAGCCUCAAGUCUAUGCUGAGAUGCUGCACAGUGUGUUUAGUAGUUCAGGACGGUGCAUCUCCCAGACAGAAGAACGUACUGCUGACCUCUCGUUGGUGUCCAGAGAUACUGACUCAGAUGGACACAGCAGUGAAGCGUAUGGAGCCAUGGAAGAUAGCAGUCAUCGUUGUGUCAGUAAUAGUUGGUCUGGCCAUUGUCAUUGGCUUGAUUACAUAUUUUUUGUGCCAUUAUCAGUACAGAUAUUACAAUGCAGCUUUCCUUAUCACCAACAUCCAGUAUGAUACUCGGUACGAAAGGCAAACCACAGAAGAAUUCAGAUACCUGAGCCAAGAGAUUGAAAACAUGAUGUCUACAGUAUUUAAGAAGUCCAUUCUAAGUCAGAGGUACAUCAGGUCCCAUGUUGUCAGUCUAAGCCCGGAUCCUGGUGGAGUGCUUGUAUCUGUUGCUCUGGUAUUUAAAUUUGCCUCAGCUGAUAGUACGGCAACAAGCUGGAGUCGUGUCAACAGUGUGUUACGCAGAAGGCUGAAAACAAGCUCAACGUCAUUGAAUGUUGACCAGUCUACUAUAACUCUCACAGAGCUGAAUGAGGACAAGGGAGAUACCCUUUUAAACAACUUCUGUGGAAUUCGAAGGGAGACAUACUCCUUCUCAGGAGUGGAAAGAAUAAUCGGCGGGCAGCGUGCACAGGAUGGGGAAUGGCCAUGGCAGGCUAGUAUUCAGCUCGAUGGGACCCAUCGCUGUGGUGCAUCGGUGAUCAGUAACACAUGGCUAGUGACUGCGGCCCACUGCUUUAGAGGAGCAAAAGAGCCUCGCAGGUGGACAGCCAGCUUUGGAAUUCUGCUGAGACCUCCGAAACAGAAAAAAUAUGUCCGAAGAAUUAUCGUUCAUGAAAAAUACAGCGAAUUUCUCCUCGAUCACGAGUAUGAUGUAGCUGUUGUGGAACUUGCCUCCCCUAUUGAGUUCACGAGUGACGUACACAGUGUCUGUCUUCCUGAAGCAUCUCAUGUAUUCCGGGAUAAUGCUUCUUGUUUUGUCACAGGCUGGGGCGCUUUGGAGAACGAUGGCUAUAGUGUUAAUCAACUUCGACAAGCAGAAGUGAAAAUUAUAAGCACUAGGAUUUGUAAUAGGAGGGAGGUGUAUGGUGGAGCAGUAACACCUGGAAUGUUGUGUGCUGGAUACUUAGAGGGACAGGUGGAUGCUUGCCAGGGUGACUCUGGUGGGCCACUGGUGCAUGCCAACUCCAGAGGAAUCUGGUAUCUCGUGGGAAUAGUGAGCUGGGGAGAUGACUGUGGCAAGCCAAAUAAACCAGGAGUAUACACACGAGUGACUUAUUAUCGAGACUGGAUCGCUUCCAAAACGGGUAUCUGAGACCUGCAGUGGCUUAAGUUUUGUGGGCUGUGUGUAAGGCUAUUCCUCUGACACAUUCUGCUCUGUGGUUACCCUCUAAACAGCUGCUGGCUUGGCUUGUGGUGAUAUAUCGAGUGCCAGCAAGCUCAGAGUAGUCUAGGACUUGAAAUUGGUUUGGCCUACCUCCAGAAAAGAACGGACUCAAUUCGUGUGACAGAGCUGUUUGUUCACAAAGUAUUCUGUCAAAGGGGCAAAGACUUUGGUUUACGUGCAACAUGCUGACCCUCUUCUCUUUGUCCAAAUGUCUUGGCCACUACUUUUGUAACCAGGCAAAGCAUCUGAGCCUAAACAAUUAUUUAUCAGCAUCCAAGAGAAGUCAUAACAAAAAUAUUGCCCAUCUGUUUGCUGCAUGUUCCCAAGGCCCCUCCUAUCUGUAGACCAGCUGUAAUUGAGCCCGUGACUCCAAGGCUGUUGCGCUUCUGAAUACUCCUUGAGCUCUUUUCCUGCAAUGCUCCAGGAAGCAUACUGUAAUAAUGAACAGAAGAUGGCUUAGAGACAUUCCAGUUCCUACUAUCAUGUCAGCUACCUAGGUGAACUGAGAAGUUUUCUUUGCUGUGUUAUCCUGAAGAAGUGAUUGCUGAGAGACAUCAACUUCUGUCCACGUUCGCUGAACAAGUGUGUCCACUUCACACUUUGUGUGAACUGUACCUACCACAGCAUUUGCCACAAGUGAUUGCUGGAUUUGAGACUGAAAACCACUUUGUAUUCAUGCCAUUCUGUUGUCAUAUCAGAAUAUUUGGCUGAAUGAAUUUCCAUUUUAAAACUUUCUGGGUUGUAUUGUUUUUAAUAAAAAUCCUUGGCUUUUUGUGCAGGA